AUGGAUAAAAAUAAAUUGAUAUCAAAAGAUGAUAAUUAUAAUGAAAAGGUUGAGGUAAUAUCUCGAGUUGAUACAUUUUAUAAUAAAUAUGGAUUAGGUAUAAAAAAUUAUUCAUGGAUAGUUAAAGAGGCGAUUGCUAUAAUAAUAUUAAUACAUGGCUUAGGUUCAAGUUUUCGUUUUGGUUUUUUGAGACAUAGCGUAAAUAUAGUUGAUAAUAUGCAUGCUACAUUAAUAGAUAGUGAUAAUUUUUAUAUUUAUAAAAAUAGUUGGAUUGAAGAAUUUAAUAAAAAUGGUUAUUCUGUAUAUGGAAUAGAUUUACAAGGUCAUGGAGAAUCUGAUGGGAUUGAUAAUUUAAAACUUCAUAUAAAUGAUUUUGAUGAUUUUUCUUAUGAUGUUAUAGAUCAUAUUAAAAAAGUAUAUCAAUCUAUUAUGUUAGAAAAUGAUAAUAAGGAUAAUUUAUAUAAUAAUAAUAAAAUGGAAAGUAUGGAAAAAAUGCCCAUGUAUUUAAUUGGUUAUUCUAUGGGAGGAAAUAUAGUUUUAAGAACUAUAGAAAUAUUGGGAAAAUCAAAAGAUGAAAUAUCCAAAUAUAAUAUUAAAGGAAUUAUAUGUAUUUCUGCUAUGAUUUCAGUAAAAUUAGUAGGAUAUCCAGAUUCUUUUAAAUAUCGAUAUUUUUAUUUACCAGUAACACGGCUUAUGGCUACUUUAUUUCCAACAUAUAGACAAAAAACAGGUAGUGUUGAAUUUAAGAAAUUUCCAUAUAUUAAUGAUAUUAUAUCAUUGGAUAGGAAUAGAUUUAAAGGAGAUAAAACAAAUAAAUUUACAUAUGGAAUUGUUAAAUCUUUAGAUACUUUACAUAAACAUAUAGAUGAUAUUCCUAGAAAUAUACCUAUACUGUUUUUCCAUGCGAGAAAUGAUUGUCUUUGUUAUUAUCCAGGUUUAGAAAUUUUUUAUAACAGAUUAGUCAGUGAUAAAAAAGAAUUAGUAACCCUCGAAAAUAACGAACAUCUUGUUAUUAUGGAACCAGGAAAUGAAAAAAUUUUACAAAAAAUUCUUGAUUGGAUUUCAAAAAUUUAUAAAAAAAAAGAUGAAGAUAAUUAUUUAAAAGAGGAAAUCACUCUGAAUUGA